CUUACAUUCAAACUUUACUUUUUAUACACUUUUAGGAAUUUUAUAGCGUUUCGUCCACUGUUUAAUAAUUUAGGUAAUUAGAAAAGGAGUCGCUUGCGAAUGACGACAACCUUGACAUUGCAUGGAGGGUUGUUGAGGUGUUAGCAGAAGCUAUGGCACUCCAGCGACUGUCGGGCUCCGUUUCUGGGCUCAUCGUUCAGAAUUCGCUUACAAUUCUUCAAAGGACAUUUAGUGUGUCUGUGGUUGCCGCCGCCAUUCAGAAAAUGACAAGAGUGCGCGUGGUGGACAACAGCUCUCUUGGAAAUACACCCUAUCAUCGGCCACCAAGGGUCAUCCACGUCUACAACAAGAACGGUGUUGGAAAAGUGGGUGACAAGGUGCUACUCGCCAUCAAAGGACAGAAAAAGAAAGCUUUAAUUGUUGGACACAAAAUGCCAGGCGACCGCAUGACUCCUCGGUUUGAUUCAAACAACGUUGUUUUGAUCGAGGAUAAUGGCAACCCAACGGGAACAAGAAUUAAAGUCCCAAUACCCACACAUCUACGGCAAAUGGAGGGAGAUUACUCCAAAGUGUUGGCAAUUGCAAGUUCAUUUGUGUAACCAUUCAACAUAUCAUGCAAAGCAGUGGAAGUUUAAGUUGUACAGUUUGGAAUAAAAACAUUCAACCUA